AUGAAGUGUCUUUUUUUCAUAGCACUGCAGGAAAAGGCCAUAAAACCAUGGCUGCUCUUCACGCUACUCGGCCUCUGUUCAGCUUUUGGGCCCAGUAAGCAAGAAGAAGAGGAUUAUGAAGAUGUGCCUAUUAAUAAGACUUGGGUUUUAUCACCAAAAGUCUAUGAGAGUGAUGUGACACUGAUCCUCAAUAAAUUACUGCAAGGCUACGACAACAAACUGCGACCUGACAUCGGAGUGAGGCCGACAGUCAUCGAAACAGCAGUGUAUGUCAACAGCAUUGGACCAGUCGACCCCAUCAACAUGGAAUACACCAUUGACAUAUUCUUUGCCCAGACAUGGUAUGAUAGCCGGCUAAAGUUCAAUAGCUCAAUGAAACAGCUCAUGCUAAACAGUAACAUGGUAGGCAAAAUCUGGAUCCCUGAUACAUUCUUCAGAAAUUCCCGAAAAUCUGAUGCACACUGGAUUACAACUCCUAACCGUCUCCUGAGGCUAUGGAGCAAUGGGAGAGUCAUGUACACACUGAGGUUGACUAUUAAUGCGGAGUGUUACCUUAAGCUGCAUAACUUUCCAAUGGAUGAGCACUCGUGUCCGCUGGAGUUUUCAAGCUAUGGUUAUCCCAAGAAUGAGAUCAUGUAUCGGUGGCAGAGACGGGCAGUGGAGGUGGCAGACCAGCGGUAUUGGAGACUCUAUCAGUUUGCCUUCAUCGGCUUAAGAAACACCUCUGAUGUGGCACACACUCAAUCAGGCGAAUAUGUAAUCAUGACAAUCUUUUUCGACCUGAGCCGAAGAAUGGGUUACUUCACGAUACAGACCUACAUUCCAUGUAGCAUGAUUGUGGUGUUGUCCUGGGUUUCCUUCUGGAUCAACAAGGAUGCUGUUCCAGCCCGCACAUCUUUAGGUAUAACCACAGUGCUGACCAUGACGACCCUCAGCACGAUCUCCAGGAAGUCUUUGCCAAAAGUUUCCUAUGUAACUGCAAUGGACUUGUUCGUCUCUGUCUGCUUCAUCUUCACAUUCGCUGCUCUCAUGGAGUAUGGAACGUUGCACUACUUCACCAGCAACAGACAGACCAAGAAAGCUAAAGCUAACAAUAACACACAGCAGAAAGCACCCAGCCUGGUGAAUAUCCGACCUGGCACAUCCCUCUUACAGAUGAAUAAUAUUGUGUCUUAUCAUGAAGAGGAUGACUAUGCUUAUGAGUGUUUAGAUGGAAAAGACUGUGCAAGUUUCUUCUGCUGCUUUGAUGACUGUCGUUCUGGAGCCUGGCGUGAAAACAGAAUGCAUGUUCGAGUUUCCAAGAUUGACUCUUAUUCACGAAUCUUUUUUCCCACUGCUUUUGGGCUUUUCAAUUUGGUUUAUUGGAUCGGUUAUUUGUAUUUGUAA